CAAAUUUUAGCAAAAAAAAAAACACAAGUUAAUAAAGAAGAUAUACAGAACAUACAUUAUAGAGAAGAGGGAGAGAGGGACAGCUAGAGAAGGGGAGCUACAUUAAGUAAUUAACAAAUAGUUAAUUUACUUGCUAAUCAUGGGUUAUAUCGAUGGAAAAUGGAUACCAUUAGUCAUGAUGACUGUGAUUCACAUGAUUAAUGGGAUGGUUAAUGCUUUGAUUAAGAAAGUUCUUGAUGGAGGCAUUAAUCAUAUGGUUAUUGCUACCUUUCGUUUGGGUAUUUCCACCUUUUUUCUUCUUCCAAUCGCUUAUUUUUGGGAACGGAAAACAAGGCCGAAGCUAACCAUAAGCAUUUUCUGUCAGCUUUUCAUCAGUGCUCUUUUUGGGGCGAGCUUGGUACUAUAUUUCUACUUGCUCGGGCUUACCUAUACUUCUGCCACGUUGGGAUCUGCUUUCACGGCGAUAAUGCCCGCCCUGACUUUCAUUAUGGCUUUAAUAUUUAGGUUCGAAAAGCUAAAUAUGAAAACAAAAGUGGGAUACGGCAUGGUUCUUGGAACUAUGAUAAGUUUAGGAGGAGCUUUAGUUCUUACGAUGUACCAAGGCAUUCCGUUAACAAACUCUCAAGAACAAGCAUCGACCUUAAACCAUCUCACAAAACAUGCGCAUUGGACCAAAGGUUGUAUACUUUUAUUCAUAUCAGUUAUGUUCUUCAGUUCUUGGAUGCUUAUACAAGCUAAAGUCAACGUGAAUUACCCUUGUCCAUACUCGAGCACCGUUAUCUUAUCGGCUUUUGGUACACUUCAAUGCGCCCUUCUUAGCUUGAUCAAGACUAGAAAUGUGGAUGAAUGGAUCCUCAAAGACAGACUCACUAUCAUCACCAUCAUUAUAGCGGGUGUGGUUGCACAAGGAAUGUGUACGGUGGGAAUAUCGUGGUGUAUUAAACAACGAGGACCUGUCUUUACCUCAGCAUUUACUCCUGUCAUGCUGAUGUCUGCAACCUUGUUCGAUUUCUUGAUAUUUCAUCGUAUGAUUUAUUUGGGAAGCGUGAUCGGCUCUGUGGUGGUGGUGAUCGGCUUAUACGUAUUUUUAUGGAGUAAAAGCAAACAAACAGAUGAUUGUGAGAUCAAUAAGUUACCUACAAAUACGGUGGAAGAAGGAAAGGAAGAGGAAGAUCAUACAAGUGUUAACAAAUUAGGCAAUCUUCUGGUUAUCCCCAUGACUCCUUGAUCAAGGCUUUAGUUCGACUAGAAGGACUAUAUCAUCUUGAAAAAUCAUUAAAUAUGAGAAAGAUUAAAAAUGGCUCCUUUGAAUGUUUACCGAAGAAUUUAUCACUUGUGUUGCAAUGUUUAACCUCUUUGGAUUUUAGUUUCCAAGGGGCUCAUUUGAAUAUUGUAAAUUGUGUAAUAUCUCUAUAAUAUUAUUUGAGAAGUCAGUUUCUUACGUGUCGUGCUCACGUUAACUCUUAC